UGACACCAAACUACAUUGAAGUGAUGGCAGAACCGGAGGCAGAAUAUGAAAAUGGAGUGCUUAUUGGACCAAAUGGAACUGUCAGAGCAUCAAACUUCUAUGAUGAAUGGAAAGAACAUGACAGCAACAUCAGUCAAGAAGCACCAUCAAGUGAAUUCGUCGCCAACCUUGGAUUUGGACAACCAUCAACAUCACAGCCAUCAACAAGCCGAAGGAGUGGACAACAAGCCCGACUUUAUCAUCGAUUCCAACGUUCUGGACACCUAGCCAAAGACUGCUAG